CCGCCCCGCAGCCCGCCGCGCCGCGCCGCGCCGCCGGCCCCUAAUGGAUUAUCUGCGGCUGGUGCUCUCCUGCCUCGUCCCCCUGCACGGCUGCCUGGCCGCCGGCAGUGCCCCAGAGCUGCUCCUGUCCGGCAAACUCAGCGAGUAUGGUGUGAUCGUUCCCUUCAGCGCCGAUUGCCGGGGUCGCUUCCUCUCGCACGUGGUGUCCGGCGAGGCGGCGGUGGGGAUCGGCGAAGCCGCCUGUCCCCCGUCCCUGCGCCCGUCUCGCCGCCGUGUCCCCCGCAGCCCCCCGGAUGAGUCCCCCCAGCGCCGCGGGGCCGGCGGCCGCUUGCUCUACUUCAACGUCACGGUUUUCGGGAAGGAGCUGCACCUCCGGCUGAGGCCCAACCGGCGGUUGGUGCCGGUGGGCGCCGUGGCCGAAUGGCAGGAGGAUUUUGAGGUGCUUUUCCGGGAACCCCUCCAACAGCGGUGCCUUUUCACCGGCGACAUCUCCGGCAUGCCCGGAGCCGCCGUGGCCAUCAGCAACUGCGACGGACUGGCUGGCCUGAUUCGGACAGACAGCAACGAGUUCUUCAUCGAGCCCCUGGAGAGGGGGCAGCAGGAGACGGAGGAGCACGGGAGGGCACACGUGGUGUACCGCCGGUCGGCCAUCCGGCAGGACGGCGCCGAGCCCCGCCAGGACCUCCACCCCGAAGUGCCCGGCGUGCGGGUGGGUGAUCUCCCCAACUCCCUGGAGCUGAUGACGGAGCGGCUGGGGGACGCGGAGCGCAAGAGGCGUCACGCCAGGAAGGACGACUACAACAUCGAGGUCUUGCUGGCGGUGGACGACUCGGUCGUACGCUUCCACGGGAAGGAGCACGUCCAGAACUAUGUCCUCACCCUCAUGAACAUAGUGGAUGAAAUUUAUCACGACGAGUCCCUGGGCGUUCACAUCAACAUCGUGCUGGUCAGGAUGAUCAUGGUGGGAUACCGCCAGUCAGUCAGCCUGAUAGAGCGAGGGAACCCGUCUCGGAGCUUGGAGCAGGUCUGCCGCUGGGCUCAUUCGCAGCAGCGCUCCGACCCGGAGCACGCCGAGUACCAUGACCACGCUGUAUUCCUCACCAGGCAAGAUUUUGGUCCCGCAGGUAUGCAAGGCUACGCACCGGUGACGGGGAUGUGCCACCCGCUCCGCAGCUGCACCCUCAACCACGAAGACGGCUUCUCCUCGGCGUUCGUUGUCGCCCACGAGACUGGCCACGUGUUAGGCAUGGAGCACGACGGCCAGGGCAACCGCUGCGCCGAUGAGACCAGCAUGGGGAGCAUCAUGGCACCGCUGGUCCAGGCCGCCUUCCACCGCUACCACUGGUCCCGCUGCAGCAAGCAGGAGCUCAACCGCUACAUUCACUCCUACGACUGCCUCCUGGACGACCCCUUUGAGCACCAGUGGCCCACGUUACCCGAGCUGCCGGGCAUUAACUACUCCAUGGACGAGCAGUGCCGCUUUGACUUCGGUGUGGGCUACAAAACGUGCACGGCGUUCCGCACCUUCGAUCCCUGCAAGCAGCUGUGGUGCAGCCACCCGGACAACCCUUACUUCUGCAAAACCAAAAAGGGGCCACCCUUGGACGGGACCGAGUGCUCUCCGGGCAAGUGGUGCUUCAAGGGUCACUGCAUCUGGAAGACGUCGGAGCAGCCUUACAGCCAGGACGGCAGCUGGAGCUCCUGGUCCAAGUUCGGCUCGUGCUCCAGGACCUGCGGGGGAGGCGUGCGCUCGCGCAGCCGGAGCUGCGACAACCCACCCCCGGCGUAUGGCGGGCGCCACUGCCCAGGAGCCACCUACGAGUACCAAGUGUGCAACGCCGAGGAGUGCCCGGGGCCCUACCAGGAUUUCCGUGCCCAGCAGUGCUCCAAGCGCAACUCCUACUACACCCACCAGAACAGCAAGCACGCCUGGCUUCCCUACGAGCAUCACGACGAUGCUCAGAAGUGUGAGCUGAUCUGCCGGUCCGAGGGAACGGGGGACGUGGUGUUCAUGAAUCAGGUUGUUCACGACGGUACCCGGUGCAGCUACCGAGACCCCUACAGCAUCUGCGUCCGGGGCGAGUGCGUGCACGUCGGCUGUGACAAGGAGGUCGGCUCCCUGAAGCAGGACGACAAGUGCGGGGUCUGCGGGGGGGACAACUCCCACUGCCGGACGGUGAAGGGCACGCUGGCCAAGACCCCCAAGCAGCCGGCAGGUGUUUUGAAGAUGUUUGAGAUUCCAGCUGGGGCGAGGCAUCUUCAGAUAGAAGAGAUGGAGCCGGCAUCCCACAGCAUCGCUGUUAAGAAUCAAGCCACAGGUAACUUCAUCCUUAACGCCAAGGGCAAAGAAGCCAAAAGCCAAGUGUUCAUUGAGAUGGGCUUGGAGUGGGAAUACACCGUCGAACAUGGCAAGGAGAGCCUGAAAACCAGCGGUCCUCUGCACGAGGCCAUCAGCGUUUUGGUCAUCCCUCAGGAGGAGGAGGCGAGAAGCAGCCUGAUGUACCGGUACAUCAUCCAUGAAGACCUGCUGCCCAUGAUCGGAAACAACAACGUCCUGCUUGAGGAGAUGGAUUCCUACGAGUGGGCCCUCAAGAGCUGGUCUCAGUGCUCCAAGGCGUGCGGAGGAGGCAUCCAGUACACCAAGUACGGCUGCCGGCGGAAAAGCGACAACCGGAUGGUGCAUAGAAACUUCUGCGACAACGGCAAGAAGCCGAAGCCGAUCCGUCGGCGUUGUAACCUCCAGGAGUGCUCCCAGCCAGCCUGGGUGGCCGAGGAAUGGGGUGCCUGCAGCAGGUCCUGCGGCAAGCUGGGGGUGCAGGCGCGGGCGGUGCAGUGCGUGCAGCGCUUGCAGGACGGCACCAACCGAACCCUGCACACCAAAUACUGCACCGGCCAGCGGCCCGAGACGCGCCGGCCCUGCAGCCGCCUGCCCUGCCCCGCACAGUGGAGGACGGGCGCUUGGUCGGAGUGCUCGGCGAGCUGCGGGGAAGGCGUCCAGCAGCGGCAGGUGGUAUGCAAAGGCAGCGAGAGCGGUGGGCGCUGCGAGGGGGACAAGCCGGAGGCCGUCCAGGGUUGCCACGUGGCCCUCUGUCCGGGAAACCUCUCCGGCAUCACCGCCAGCGCCGACGCCGACGACCACGGCACGCCCAAAGGGCAGCGGGUGCCCCAGGACGGGGCCAAAAACCCUGUUAGCAAGAUCUCCUCCAGGGAGCCUUGCCUUGGGGACAAGUCCAUCUUCUGCCAGAUGGAGGUCCUGGCUCGCUACUGCUCCAUCCCUGGCUACAACAAGCUCUGCUGCGAAUCCUGCGGCAAGAAAGCCUCCUCCACCACCACCGGCUCGCCCCCGGCCACCGGCCCCAGCGCUCCCCCGGGAACCGCCGCUCCCAGCCCCGCUCCGCCGCUCCCCCCCAACCCCACCACCCCUGCACGGGGGGGACCCGGUGGGGACCCCAUGCCGGCACCUCGGGUCGGGCCAGUUGCUGGUGGAGGAGGGAUGCCCGGCAGCGGUGCUUUCCCCGGGGGGCUGCCAGCCCUGAGGGAGCCGGGCAGGGGCCAGGCAGCCAGGUAACCCGCUCGGGACCACCUCGCCGCGGAGCAGGGGAAGCCUUUCACCGCCCUCCCUUCCUCCCUUUCCUCCUCCUCCUCCCACUCUUUUUCCUCUCCUCUCCGCUUCCAGUGAUGGUUUUCAUGGGUGGCACUGCCAGGUUUGGAAAUGACCUGGCUCACCCAGAAAUUCCCGGGAAAACCACUUUUUUUCUCAUGAUCUCCCCCGCCCUCCCAGCUGUAGCGUGGGGUUUUUUUUUUGACAGCGCCACAGAAAAAAAGGUCAAAAGGAGCAAAAAAAAGCGACAGCGGCUUGGCUGUGGGUAGACGGGCUGCUUCCUCCCAAGGUGCUAAAAAAAGAUUGGGGGGGGGGCUUUAAUGUUGUUUUUUCCUUCCCCAUGCCCCCAAGAUGUGCUGGAGAGGAGGGUCCUGGCUCGGCGGUUCAGCCCCAGUGCUCGGAGCUUGGGAGUAGCAAUGGGAGGGUGCUGCGAAUUUGGGGGGACAAGCAACUGGAGGGAGGUGGUGAGGUGGGGAGGGGGAAAUGUCGGGAAAUGCUCAAACUGCUGCCCUGGGCUGUCUCUGUUGGGGUAGAGGGUUUGGGAAACAUGUCUGGGGGAAUGAUGGAGCGUGAAAACCAAUAGAUCAGCUUCUGUCCUGCAUUGCAGGAUAGGCAGGAGAUGUUCCAGGCAACUUUAACGUGAGCAAUAAGAACAAGGUCAAAGACCAAAAAUACAUGUAAAAAAUGCCUGUCACCUGGCGGUGACUUUUUAGCCAGUACUGCCCUUGGCCAGCCUUGAGCUGAUACUGAUGCGCAGCCUCCCCAGGACCACCAGCCUCAUCCCUGCACCCUUGUACUCAGUGCCUGUGGGGCAUCAACUCCUUUCAGAGGGAAAUGGGGAUGACUGGGAAGCCCGGAAUGGAUUUUAGGGGCAGUUACAAAGAAAGGAGAGGAAGAUUAAUCUCCGUCCUUUUUUGUCACUUGGGAGGGGCUGGGCUGAAAGGGAGAUGAUUAACGCCGUUAAAAAAUAUUGUGCCAAGUACUAAACGUAUGCACAGCACUUUAGGAGCCAAGGGCUGCGUGCAGCUUGCUUGGUGUCAGGCCAGCUCCGGGCACAGGGUCUGCUGGAGGAGUUAACAGUCCUCAAAACCUCCCCAGAGCCGGGUCAGGCAGCCUGCUGUGUCCCCGAGGGGUAUCCCUGAGGGGUGUCCCCGAGGGGGCUGCCGCGGUUUCGGUGCUUAGGGGUGUGCAGCCUCCCAGCUGAGGGCAUCCAGCACCUCUAGGUGCAGUGGCAGGGGAAGGUGGGCUUCCCUGGGGGAUGAACGCUGGUAGGGAGGAGGUUUUGGGGGACAGAGCGGUGGAGUCCGAGGAAGGCAAGGCUUGGCCGAUAGACCAGUUUGGCAUCGCAAAGCAGGAUCUCUUGGGAGCACGUGCGUGGCGUGGGUGCGUCCGCUGGCCCUGAUGGUGCCGCUUCCCUGGCCGUCUGACGAGCAGGACGGGGCAUCUCGAGGGGCACUGCUUAGUAAGCUCUUCACGUGUCCAGGGCUUGCUGGCGAGGCACCCCGGGGUGCUCGGCACGUUGGGUUUAGGGCACGCUGCUGUUCGAUACUGGUGCUUUCAGUGCUGGGGCAGAGUGCCGCACCAGUAGCACUUGUGUGGCUGCAAGAAACUUGAGGUCGGGGCAUCUUGGAGGAGCUCACGUCAGUGUGCGAGCUCCCCUCAACCUUUGCUGGUCCGGCGUGGAUUGCAGCAGGGGAGAGGUUGAGGUACACGCUUUAAUUGAACCGAAUGGAGACCCCUGUGCAUUCCUGAUGUUUUAAGCAUUGGACUCCCUCUGCAGUGCUCCCCUGGAGCUACCCAGCAGUACAGAAGGGGCUGAAGAGAUGUUAAGAGGGCAGCUUGUGCACCCUCCUGCCCCCGGAUCGCCUUCAAGUCAAGGCUGGACGAGGAGCGUUUAUGGAACUACUCUUAAAAGCACCUGAGGCUGGAGGUCCCCUGCCUGCUGGGUGCUGCCCUUUGGCAUUAAGUGGGCUUCACGAAAGACGAAACAAAGCCACACGUCUGUCUGAGCCAAGCAACCAGCACACCUCUUGGGAGCGGACAGACGGAGGGAUGCCUAUGAAACGCUGCGGCGGGGUGCCCAGGUCCGAGGCGUUGCAGGUAUUGGUACCCACGGGAUUGACGAGACGCUCUGGAUGUACCAGGGUGGGAUUCAUCCCUCGGACUGCUGACACUGCCGCCGUGCCCCUUGCCAGCCUAUCCGCCAGUACCGCCCUCCGCAGGAGUGCCAGCAUUUAUUUAUUGUGCCAAAGAUAACGCUUCGUUUACUCUUCAAGGAGCAUCUUUCCCCUGCGGCGCGGUGCAGGGUGUGCCGCAGCCUUCUCCUGCUGCUGGGACAGCCCUGGGCUGGCUCAGGGCAGGACUGAGCUUGCUUCGCCUUUCCCUGCCCGGAGCAAGUCUUUUCUCCAGCGUUCAGCCCCCUGCCCUGUAGCCUUGGAGGCAUUGAAUAAAAAAAAAACCUCCCCCCCCCCCCCCCAUCAAAAAUGGGCUGUAAUGUCUCCAGGGCGCAGUAGAUGUGCGUGCAUGCAUGCGUGCUCGCUCCUUCCUCCCAAAUUCUCGUCUGCACCCCUCCUUUUCAGUGCUGUCCUGGGUGGGCAUUAGUGCUUUAUUGCAUUAGGAAUAUUUGCAGUGGUUCCUUGCUAUACCUCGGAGGAGAGCGGUGGCUCAGGACUGGCCCAGUCCCCUCGCACCCCGCAGCUGGGGUGCCCGGGGGGGGGCUUCUGCGCUGCAGGUGCUAACCCCCUGCCUCUAGCCAAGAGAGGCGGGCGAGAUUUAAAGCAAGGUGUGAUAACCCCCCCCCUCCUCUGCCACAUGGGGAUGCUCUGGGGCGGUGAUGCUGCAGGGUUGGGACCCAGCACUGGGUAUUUAAUUCCAGGCGAGCGCAAGAAGCACCUAGGGCGGGCUGAGGUUGGGCGGCUUCUCGCCGUACAGAUGCCACGGUGCGUGGAAAGCUGCGGCGUGGGGAUGUAACGCUGCGACAGCCCAGCUCCCAGCAGGGAUUUGGCCCUGUCUUCGGGAGGAGGGGGUGCGUCUGGUCCCCCCCCAUCCUCCUGAGGCGGGCAGAUGCACCAAGUCAUUCCUGUGAUGUAACCUUGUUCAGUGUUACAAUGAUGUAUAAAGUUUUGUACAUAUGAGAUUCAGAGCUUUUUAACUUUUAAUAUUUAUUAAUUUUGUUGGGUUCUCUUUUUUUUUUUUUUUUGAACUCUAACAUAAUGUAAAAAAAAAAAAUAAAUCCACAUCAAAAUCUCUUUCUGUUGAUUUAUUUGGGGGAUGGGUGUGUGAGGGGGGGGAAAU